UUUUCGCGACUCCAGAGUCGCGCUAACUAGAACUAGAGUGGUGAGUUCGCUCUUGUGGAUGUGCAGACAGUGCCAGGCGCAGUGUAGUUUUUGAUGUACUUAGCGUUGCCAACCCAGGAUUUACGUUUUCCUGAUGAUUUAGGAACGGGACUGGUAAUCUUAAAGAGAGGAGACAAGACUCAGACUCCAGAAGCACAGGUCCGGGAAUAGACCCCGGAGACUCGCAAUCUAAAGCUGAUUGCCCCGUGGUGAAGAAACCACUUCGGAAGACCUGAAGCAGCGGACCUUCUGCAGAGAACUGAAAAUGGCUCAUGACCAGCCUCUGCUGGCUGUGCAGGAGGCCCUGAAGAAGUGCUUCCCUGUGGUGGAGGAACAGCAGGAACUGUGGCAGAGCACCCUGCAGGACUGCUCGCCCCUCCUGUCCUCUCUCAGUAACCUGGCCGAGCAGCUGCAAGCUGGACAGAGGCUGCGGUUUGAGGACGUGCCGGCCCUUCGCCCCUUUCCAGACUUACAGGAGCGGUUGCGGCGCAAGCAGCUGGAGGCUGGUGACAUUGUCCUGGACAAGCUAGCUGAGAGGCUAGCCACCCUGCUCAAGGUUCGUAACACUGUCAGCAGCCACGUGGAGCAGGUGUUUCAGGCCUAUGAGCAGCACGCGUCGGUGCUCGACAUUGAGACCAUCCUCCGCCCCUCGGUUGUGAGCCCUUCUGUGGCUGACAUGUUGGAGUGGCUGCAAGACAUCGACAGACUUUAUCUGCGAAGGUACCUGAAGAGAAAGUACCUCCUCUCCUCUAUCCACUGGGGAGACUUGGCCGGCAUCCAAGCACUGCCCAAGGCCUGGGACCAAAUUUCAGAAGAUGAGUGCCAAAGCUCUGUGUCAGAUAUCCUGGUGAGUGUCUCCUUCUUCCUGGAGGAGCCAGGAGGUCGUGCAGUGUCUGGAGAUCUGGAGCACCGCAGUUGAAGGCUGCCAUUGCUACCCUGGCUAUUUCUAAGUGAGGGUCAGCAUUGCUGCCUGACUAACUGAAACACCAGUGCCUACGCUAGAGAUCCCUAGGACUUCUCCAUGCUAGGCCAUGACAAGGGUCCACGGCUGCUGCACCUGUGGCUCUGAGAAGCAGAUAGAGAUCGAGAAGACAGGAAAGGCAGUGCUGAUAAAAAGUGUCCACCAAGGCAGGAAAAGGCAGAAGGCAAAGUUGUGUGGCUGCUACUGCCGUCUGAACCAUAUUCUCUGGUUGGCUCAGGUCCUGAUUCUGUGUAUGUCAUAUUUAAGUCUUUAAUGGCUUAAAGAUAGGAGUGGGUCUGGGAGUCCAGGGCAGAAGCAGUGUGGGGGGGAAGGGGGGGAGGCAAAGCCAAUCCCCUGGAAACCCCCCUGAAAGGGAGGGACUGAAGGAAAGGGAACAUUUAAAAUGUUUACCCCUUCAUGAAAGCUCAUUAUCAAGCCAAUGUCCAUUUCCAAAGUCAGCCACCAGGGGGCGAUGGUGCAGCAUGAGCCGUUCUGAAUGCCUUGUAGGUGAGGAAGGUCCCCUGUUGCUGUUUAAAGCCACUGAUGGGGUGGGGAGUUAGAUAUCCCACCCAGGACUAGGGAGGCAAAGAAAGGUGGAUCUCUGUGAUUUUGAGAUCAUCUUGGUCUUCAUAGCUCCAGGCCAACCAAGGCCAUAUACUGAGACUGUCUCGAAAAAGAAGACGUGAUGGAGAAAUAGUCAUGACAGGGCUAAGGGACCUUUCAUUGGCCAUGGUCGUCUGAGUUUGGGGUCACUGGCCAGGGGAGGAAAUGCCGGCUGCGAUGGUUGGUUUGUGUAUUCUACUUGACACAUGCAAGGCCACCUGGGAAGGGAGUCUCCGUGAGGAAUGUUGUAGACUUGGUUGGCUUGCAGACAUGCUUGCGAGAUUUUCUUAACUGAGGUGAGAAGACCGAUCCUGAACGUGGGUGGCAACGUCCCAGGGGCUGGAACCAUGACAAGGGAGACAGAGCAGGCAGAGCCCUAGCAGGCACGCACUAAGCCAUUGCCUUUGGUGGGGAAUGUGCUGUAAUGAGCUGCCUCAGGCUCCUGCCACCGUGACUCCUGGAGUAAUGGAUUCUAACUUCAAAUUAUAAGCCUUCUAAGCCCUUUCUCCCUCCAGUUGCAUCUCCAGUAGGUUUUGUCAUGUUUUAGGGUUCUCUAAAGGAGCAGGACUAAUGAUAGAAUGAAUGAAUGAAUGAAUGAAUGAAUGGAGAGGUAUUGGUGGCAAGAGUGAGGGCAGACAUGCCUAGAGCAAAGGCUUUCUUCCGGAUGACGAGCUGCCACCGCAAGAUGUGGCCCAGAUUUGGGUGAAUCUUCCCAUCUCAGAUGAUCCAGAUUUAGGGUGGGUCUUCCUACCCCAAAUGAUCCAGUCAAGAAAUUCCCUCACAGGCAUGCCCAGCUGCUUGAGUCUCAGUCGAUUCAGAUGUCAAGUUGACAGCCAAGAUUAGCCGUCACACGCAGCAACAGGAAGGAAACCGAGAAGCAGCCUUGAGUUGGUAGGCCUUGCUUUCUGUGCAGCAGCCACUGAACCCGGGGUCCCAGCUUCCCGUAGGCUUGGACAAGUCAAGGCUGCCGUGUACAGGGCUUAAUGCGGAGAAUGGGUUUAUUGUAGCUUUUGAGUUUCCAAGACAGGGUUUCUCUGUAGCCCUGGCUGUCCUGGAACUCAUUCUGUAGACCAGGCUGAUCUCAAAGAUCCACCUGCCUCUGCCUCCUGAGUACUAUGAUCAAAGGCUUGUGCCACCACCACCACCCAGCUCAGCUAAGGAUGCAUACUUUUAAAAGAAAGUGGCUUUGCUUUCUUACUGCAUUUUUUUUCAAUUAAAAAAAAUUAAAUACAGAAAGGCAUAAUGCGAAACCCACCUAAUAUUUUGAUCUGUAUCCCUUUUCUGUUCUUCACCAAUUUUAAAACAAAAACAUUGAUACAAACUCAUUCUUUCUAAUUUUGUGGAUAGUGGGACAUCUGUAAAUAAGUCAAUAAAGCUGUACUAUAUAGACUGUAUGACAUUUAGUAAAUAUAUUUUUUCUUUUUAUGCAUGUUUGUGUAUAUGCGUGCAUGCUUGUGUAAUGUGUGUGUGACUUCAGAUGUCAUCCUGACGAAUGCCGUCCUCCUCCUUUAGGCUGGUCUCAUUGGCUUUGAGCUUAUCAGUAGACUAUCUUGGCUGGCCAGUGAGCUAGGGAAUCCUCCCUCCAUCUCCCAGUUCUGGGAUUGCCACAGCACCUAAUGAUCUUCCUCAGCCUCUCAAAUGCCAGAGGUAGAGGUGUGUGCCACCAUGCCCACCAUUAGUAUUGAGUCUUCUGCUGAGCCCUGGGUAUACAGAUGAAAGAAAGCCACUGGAGGUAUUAUAAUUCGGCAGGAUUUUUUUUAAAAACAUGUAUGAGUGUUUUGCCUGCAUAUGUCUGUACACCAUGUGUGUGCCUGGUGCCAACUAAGGCCAGAAGAGGGCAUCAGAUCCCCUGAAACUGGAAUUAAGUAGCAGCCACCAUGGAGGUGCUGGGAAGUGAGUGUGGAGUUUUUAUAAGAGCAGCUGGUGCUCUCAACCUGUGAGCUAUCUCUGCAGCCCUAGGCCAGGCAGUUUUAAAUUAGUGUUUCUAAAACUCAGAUGUGCAUGUAAAUGACCAAUAUCUUACUAAAACUGAGACUUGUAGAAGGGGCUGUAGCCAGCCAGCCUGGCAAACUCAGCUCCAGUAGACCUUGCCCCUUUCCCCACCCCCUCUGCCUUGCUAAGACCAUUAGGUCAUAUUCCUAAAGCCAGCAUCCAAGGUCUGUUCCCUUAUUUGGUCACUUCCUCCUUUCCAAGGCUGACCACCAGGGGCCAACUAUCAAAGUAUUGAAGUCCAGCAAUCAGAAGCCCCCUUUGGCUCACCUAAUUAACCUGUUCAAUUAAACUAAACACCUCAUCCUAACCCAGUAUUUGCCCUUUGCUUUUGUAAACUGCCAUUUUCCUGUGGGCCACGUCUGUCUCAUUUCUAUCCAGAGGCAGUCCUGCCUGUGCCCUCCGGGAUAAAUACCCCCUCCACUCCCCCUUGUUCUCUGCUCUUGGGAUUGUAAAGAAUCUGAUUCUGAAUCAGAUUUAUAUUAUAAAGUAGCAGGAUGAGUAGAGAGAGGUCAAGAACGCUGAGGGAGAGAAGUGCUGACUGCGUGGGGACCACUUUAUGGGGUUUGCCGUUGUGUACCCACUUGAUGGGGUUUGCCGUUGUGUACCCACUUGAUGGGGUUUGCCGUUGUGUACCCACUUGAUGGGGUUUGCCGUUGUGUACCCACUUGAUGGGGUUUGCCGUUGUGUACCCACUUGAUGGGGUUUGCCGUUGUGUACCGGUGCCGUGGGUUACAAUUACUCCCAGAGCCUCGCACCUUAAUAAAAUUCUGGAUGACAACUGUGUAGAGUUCAUAGGAUGGGAUGACAAAAUUGUCUGUGAGGGCAGCUUGGCCCAGACUGUGUAGAAUCUGGAGUUUUUACUUAACAGUUUUAUUGGGGGUGAGGGGCUGGGGGAGAUGGCUUUCAGUAAAGUGCCUGCUGAACAGGCACAGGGACCUGAGUGUCCUUGGCACUCAUACUAAGGCCAGGUGCAGUGACAUGCACUGUGGCCUUAGUUCUGGGGAGCAAGACAGACUCUGGGGCUUGCUGGACAGUGAGUGAGCUUUAGGUUAAUGGAGAGAUCUUUAUGCCGGGCAGUGGUGGCGCACGCCUUUAAUCCUAGCACUUGGGAGGCAGAGACAGGUGGAUUCUGAUUCAGAGUUUGAGGCCAGCCUGGUCUACAGAGUGAGUUCCAGGACAGCCAGGACUACACAGAAAAACCCUGUCUUGAAAAACCACAAAAGAGAGAGAGAGAGAGAGAAAGAUUUUGUCUAAAAAAAGGGGAGUAUAGAACAAUAGAACUAGACACUUGGACAUCUAUCUCUGGCCUCCAUGUGCAUUUGCACACACACACACACACACAUACACACGUGUAUUUUGUGCUAUAGAUAGGAACUUGUGUGUGUGUUUGUGUGUGUGUGUGUGUGUGUGUGUGUGUGUGUGUAGUUGUGUGCUAUAUAACACUUUAGCCAUUGAAGGACCUCAUUCUAUCUACGCAGUAUUGCUAGUGACUUCCUAGGUAUUGUUGCUGAAAUACACCCUGUGGGUUUUUGUCAUACAGCAGAAUCACUAAGGUGCGUCUUUCAGAGUGUACCUGCAUUAAUAAAUAUAGUUGUAAAUAUUUCAUGUUUGCAUAAUAAAGCUAAGUCUCCUUGAAA